AUGGCUACCCCCGACGUCAGCAAGUUCACCACCUCGGACCAGAUCUUCUCCGCGAACCACACCCUCCCCCAGAUCCGCUCCAUCCACAAGGCCCUCCAUGUCGAGAUCGAGGACAAGGCGAGCCGCCUGCGGACGCGCGUAGGCGGCUCAUACCGUGACCUGCUCGGCACGGCCGACACCAUUGUGCAGAUGCACGAAGACAUCGGUUCGGUGCAGGAGCUUCUGCGCAGCAUGGGCUGGCAGUGCGGCAGAGCGGUGGUGUCGACGAAAGUGGCUGCGCUGGCAAACUUCGUGGAAAAGGAGCAGAAGGCAGAGGUUGCCGAGGCAGCGAGACAGAGGCUGCUGGACGGUUGUCUGCUGCUUGUUGGGAGGCUGUUGAGAGGUCGGGGAGAGCUGGACGAGAGCUUCAGUACGGGCGACAGAUUGGUGGUGGCGGCCAAGGUGUUGGUCUUGAGCCGCCUGCUAGUCAAUAGCUUGGGCAAGGAGGCGCUCAACGACGACGCGCGGCAGGCUGUUGAUGCUGCCAGGAAGAAGCUCGAUAGCUUGCGCCGCCGGCUCAAGAGGACGCUGGAGAAGACUCUGGAGAAGAUCGGUACCGAUUCGAACAGGGAUGACGUUUUGAAGGCUCUCGCUGCGCAUAGCCUUGCAAACAGCUCUGGAGCCAAGGACACGCUGCGGCACUUUCUGGAAGUGAGGUCCAAAGCCGUCGCGGUUGCCCUGAACCCCGAGGAAGACGAACGGGUGGGAAGCGCGGACGAUGUCAUCCGAGCCCUUGAGCUCUAUGCCCGGACUCUACUGGACGUACAGGCCUUGGUGCCGAACAAGCUCUCGCAGGCACUCCAUGCCCUGACUAAGAAGCCGCUCUUGGAGGAUGCCUCGCUAAAGAAGCUAGAGGGGCUGCGGCUUGACAUAUUGGAGAGGUGGUGUGGCGAAGAUAUUCAAUACUUUACGCCCUUCAUUCGCCAUGAUGACCUGAGUGGGACACAGGCAAGGGAAAUGUUUGAUAGCUGGUCUGAAAAGGGCCAAGAAGUGCUGCUGCGGGGGCUGAAGAAGAUAUUGGAGCCAAUGCACGAUUUCAAGUCGAUAACGGAGCUGCGGACAAGCCUUCUUCAGCUAUGGAUACGCCAGGGCAGCAAGGUCCGGGGGAUCGAUCCGGAGGAGAUGCAGACUCAUCUGAGGAACGCCAUCAAUGCGCAAAUGCUUGCCGUUCUCGAUUCCAAGGUCACCAAGCUUCACAUUGUGGGCUCCGAAGUCAAGGCGACGCUGGAAAGCUGGAAGGACGGCGUGACUGGGAAGCUGCCGGGCUUGUGGGACGAAGAAGGCUACGAAGAUGCCCUGUCGAGCGGAGCUCGCCCGUUCCUGCAAGAAGUCGCCUCACGCUUCUACGGCCGCAGCGAUGCCGUGUCAAAGGCCCUCAAUUGCUACUAUUCCUGGUUCCACAUCAUUGACGACGUCAAGGAGGUGGUUCGGCAGUUGGAGAAGCAGCGGUGGGACAACGACUUUGACGAAAUCGAAGACGAAGAAACACUCGAGGCGAGACAACGGCAGCUGAGCAAAGACGAUCCAAAGAUGCUGCAGCAGAAAUUGGAUACUAGUCUCGAUGCCUCCUUUGAAGCCCUUGAAAAGGAGCUGCAGCAGUUAUGGGACGGCAAAUCUGAGACUGGCAGCAGCAGUGCCGUCGCCAUGUAUCUGAUGCGUGUCCUGAGAGAUAUUCGGCGCCAACUGCCGCAGCGCGAAUCCAUCAAGAAUUUCGGGCUGAGCAUGGUCCCAGCGCUUCACCAGGCGAUCGUUGUAUCGGUAUCGGAGCCGCCAGUCGAUGAAUUCGUGUCCAAUGGAUUGUCUAGGAGGAUAGCCGUUGGUAGGCCCCUGUGGGAUGGGGACCCAGCAUUGCCGAAUCAGCCAUCGCCAGAGACGUUCCAAUUUCUACACAGCUUGCUGCUCUCGUUAUCGGAUGCGGGAGUUGAUUUGUGGACUGCAGCUGCGAUGGCCGCUUUGAAGAAGCAUGUCAGCCGGCGAUUGUGUGAGGCAUGGAACCAAGAACUCCAGACCAUCAAGUUUGAUGAAGCGGUAAACGAAGUGAAGGAACAUGCCAAGAUCAGGGGUGACGGAGAAGGAAACGCGGAGAUGGGAGACAAGGAGAAAGACAAGGAGAGCGAGGAAGACAAGGACGCUGGGAAAGAAGAGGAUGGCACAACGCCAGGCAACGAGCAGCUGCGGGAUCUCUGCAUCCAGUGGCUGUUCGACAUUUCCCUGCUUCGCCUCUCCGUCGGAACUGAGGCGGGAGAGGAGGCAGGAGAAUUCCAACAGCUGGAAGAUGCGGUGUAUGGACGCAGCGGCCUGGACGAAUCCUCACGGCAACACGUCGGCAAGGCGGCAAAGAACUUCUGGAGCCGGACGAGUCUGCUGUUUGGAUUGCUGGCAUGACGACGCUGCCAUUAGUCACUUUCAAUGGCG